CAGAAUAUUAACUAACCUUUCAAUUAAAUAACUUAUAAUCUUUAUUAAUUUGACAACUAACAGGCAGACCCUAAUUUGUAGUACAUGUUAUGGCUGAUUUAGAUAAGUUAUGUCUUUUAUCCAAAGUGUCGGAUACAUCUUUAUUAACGAAGUUUUUACAUGAAUGUAUCGACGAUUUAGUUGAAACAAAAAAAGCUAAUUUUGACAACUUCAUCAGUUCUGAUAUCCAGUGGACCAGAGAAGAUUAUGAUAGUGCAAGAGUCGCAGUACAAAACUUCUUUAGCCAAAGUGUUAUUGAAGAUAAUUUGAUUUUGGAGCCACUGAAGCUAGGCAAAAACGUCGAAGAAACGAUUCUAAACUGUUUCGAAAUCAGGAAGAAUGGUAUCUUUCAGGCAUUGGCAAAAACUGCUAUUUUGAAAAAUGGAAACACCCUUGUAGAGAAUAUAGAUUGGAAACUGAAGUGGGUGCUAGGUUCUUCUGAUUUAGCUACAAUUAGGGAUCCUCUACUUCAAGUUCAGUUACAUUGCUGUAGGAAUCGAGACGAAAAGUGUGAAAAAAAUACUGUUGAUUUUGAAGCAAACUUAGAACAAGUAGAUCAUUUGAUCAGAGAACUAAGUGAUAUUAAAAGACAUCUUCAAGAGUAAUAUUUCAAUAAAUUUCACCAAGUUCUGAAGCUAAUGAGAUUUUAUAAAUCGCGCAAAUAAAAUGGAAAUACACAAUAUAAUGUGAA